AUGGAUUUCAGUGACACUCUUAUUGAAGCACUUUCUCUCAAUAAACCAGUUUACAUCUUGGGUGAUCUUAACUGUAAUAUGUUGAAUGUAAAUGAACCGGCGUGUUUUGCUCAUCUUUCAACCUUUCCCAGUUAAUCAAUCAGCCCACACGUGUCACUGAGAACUCAAAAACCUUAAUUGAUGUAUUCCUCACUUCCACUCCGAAUCUUGUAGCAGAAACGAAGGUUGUCCCUAUAUCCAUAAGCGAUCAUGAUUUAGUAUUCGCCUCACUGAACCUGAAAAAAGAACGUACUAAACCUGUUUAUAUUUACGCGAGAAGUUACAAACAUUACAACCGUGAAGCUUUUCUUAAAGACAUGUCUGCUGCCCCGUGGUCUGUCGUUGACUGCUUUGAUGAUGUAGAGGACAGUCUCAAUGCUUUCAACUUGCUGUUCAACGAAAUCCUGGAUUGUCGUGCUCCUGUGAAGAAGAUCAAAAUUCGGAAUCGUCCCAAUCCAUUCGUUACAGAUGAUAUAAGAGAACUUAUGAAAACGCGCAAUCAUUGGCGUAAAGAAGCAAGGAAGACAAACGAUCUCCUAGCCUGGGCUAGUUAUAGAAGUUUAAGAGGGGAGGUGAAAAGAGAUCUACGAGUAGCAGAACGUGAAUACAUCGCAGAACAAUUUAGAACAAAUCCAAACAACACACGUUGCCUUUGGAAAACGAUAAGAUCAUGCAUUCCAAAGAAACCUGCGAAUCAAAGAACUUUCGCGAAAGAUGACAUUGUCGUAGCAAAUGAAUUUAACAGCUUUUUCUCUUCAGUUGGCCAAACUGCAAUUACUAAUAUCAAGUCACUUGCAGAAAAAUGUAAUUACGACCUCUCACAGUCAGAGUUUAAACCAACUUAUCACCCUGAAUCAGAACAAUUUAUGUUUGAAACCGUGGAUUGUGAGGAGAUCAGAGAAAUUGUUUCGUCCAUGCCAACUAACAAGUCCCCUGGAAUAGAUCAGAUCUCGAUGCGAGUCAUUAAAGAUAGUCUUCCCGCAAUCUUACCAACAAUCACUUCCAUUAUUAACACCUCACUUGUUUCCGGAAUUUUUCCCCGUGAUUGGAAAAUGGCUGUUAUCACACCCAUUUCAAAAGAUGGCAACCACGAGCAAGCAAACAACAACAGACCCAUCUCGCUUUUGCCAAUUUUAUCUAAGGUAUGCGAGAGGACGGUGCAUAACCAAAUGAUUCCUUAUUUAGAUACAAAACAACGCAUAUCUACCCAACAGAGUGGCAAUAGGAGAUUUCACUCGACAGAAACAUCCUUGAUCGAGACUACGGAUUCAAUCUUGAACGCUAUCGAUGGAAAAGAGUUAACGGCCGUUGUCAUGCUAGAUAUGAGUAAAGCUUUCGACAGUAUAGAUCAUAACAUUCUCCUGUUGAAAUUACAAGAUGUCGGCGUAUCACCUGCUGCCCUAAACUGGUUCUCGAGCUAUUUAUCGGAAAGAUUCCAGGUCGUGCGUAUCAAUAACGUCCUAUCCGACAAACUACCUGUGAACAGUGGUGUCCCAUAA